CAUUUGAGGUCAGAUGUCUUGAAAUCGCUUGAUAUCGGUCUCUGACUGGUUCAGGCCAGCAGCCUCACUGUUAAACAGUUAAGGGUGAGGUGAAAGAAAUGUUUUAGGUAUUGUGUAUGAAAUCUGUGUACUGUAUGGGUGUUUUUUCAGUAGGUCAUGGCCUUCUGUAUUUAUAGUAUACCACUAUGACAUACCAGUUUGGUGAGUUCAGUUGAAAAGAAUCGCCUCACAAAAGGGAGCGCAUUCAGGAAGGUAAGAGCAGAUGCAGAUACUUGGUGCUUCAUGCAAGUUGUCACAAAGGCCAGGAGAGGAUGCUUCGCUGGGUCUCGUUUGCUUUGCUUGUUGGUAUUUGUGCAAGUGCCGGAGAAGAGAAAAAAAAGACAGGGAACCCUCCUGUGUCCUUGUCAAGAGGAUGGGGGAAUACUAUUAACUGGGUCAAAACUUAUGAAGAUGGUCUGUCAAAAAUGGAGAAGAGUCAGAAACCUCUGAUGGUCAUUCAUCAUCGAGAAGACUGUCCACACUCUCAAGCGCUGAAGAAGGUAUUUGCUGCUGACAAGACCGUCCAGAAAAUGGCCAGAGAGGGUUUCAUCAUGCUCAACGUGGUGGAAGAGACUGGGGACCCAAACCUGGCACUUGAUGGCUACUAUGUUCCCAGAAUUGUCUUUGUUGAUCCAAGGAAGGCUGUGCGAAACGACAUUAUAGGACAGUAUGAGCAAAUGUUCGCCUACGGACCUGAAGACAUGGGAAUCUUGGCCGACAACAUGAGGAAAGCCAAAGUCCUGCUGAAAACCGAACUCUGAUGUGACUCUGUGUCGCUGCAUCUUCCAGCUCUGCCUGUUCAGUGGUCAGCACUGACUGCUUUAAAUGUUUCUAAGAGCUCAAUAAAAAACUAAAUACAUGAGAAGAAAGUAUAGUGUCUGC